AAACAAAACAUGGCAAGUUGACGGCUUGUGUCAGAGCUACGUUGCUUCUUCAUUGAAAUAGUUAUCACUUUUCGAUUAUUUUCGUCAUCGUUUUGAGCUCACAGCAAUUGUACAACGUACAUAAUACAAAGCGAUUAUUCAUAUUAGCUACAAUCAGGGAACGAGUAAAAGAUAGGGAUCCAGUAUGGAAUGUGUACGCUCUCUGUGGAGUUAUGCCUCCAGAUGUUUCACCUGCCAAGAAGAUUCUUCCACUCAGGGCAACGAACCUAGCGAACGUACUCACUUACUAGCCGAUCCGGUUAGCAAUAGUCCUGCUGUGCGCCGAGACAACGAUACAUUUACCCAGGAGUAUCCCAAUUCAGUGCCCAAGAAAGAUGAACAGUCAGCGUUAGCAAAAAUUUUACAAGAAACCUCGGAGAAUAUCAUAGAUGUUGCAGCAAUGGAUACACAAAAGCUAGAAGCUAGUGAGUACAAUGAUCGCAUUAAAUUGUACACACAGCGGCUACAGCAGCAAUGGAGCAACGUAAACCACCCGAACCAGACAGAAAACUCAAGUCUGCUGAAGGAUAUACCCAAUCCAGAACCGGUUUUAGCUUCUGUGCCGAUAGCUUCGGACGAUCUGGCCAUGAUCAAAAGCAUGGUGCAAAAGGCUAAUGUUGCUGUAUCGGAGAUUAAGGUGACUCAUACGGAAAAUUUGGUUGUGCCUUUCCGAAUUCCAUAAUAUUACGCCGUCAAACGGAAUUUGUAAAAUAUCGUUCACCAUAUACUGUGUUGGUCUUCUGUUUCUUUGUGAAAUGUAUGCUGGUUUGUCUUACUCGAUUACGAAUCAUCGCCGAUUACAAUAUAUGUACGCGUGAGCAUACGUAGAGAUUGAAAUGUUCAGAUUCACCAGAUGGUUAGAAUUGCUUUAAUCGUCGAUUUAAGAUUACUUAAUAAUCAAAUUUUGUAAGCCAUGCAUAAAAACGAUGUAAAUUGAAAAAAAAAACUAACGCAGAAAAAACAUAACAGAUAAGCAUUAAAGCGAAGCGAGCUUGAUGUACUUGAAGCUUUUGAAACUGUAUUGUUAAGGGAUAUAAAAAGUGCUAAGGAAACUGUA